GACAUGGCGGUCUUCGACGAGGCGGCCUACAAGCACGUGCGCAAGACGGUGGAACUCUUGGACACGGACGCUGCUGCGGACGAGGUGAAGGUUGGCAAGAUGAUGUCCAAGGCCACUGGCGCGGGCUUGCCCAGCUUGCCGAACGUCAUCGUGCGGAACAAAGAUAAGCCCCAUGGUUCUCGCAGGAUCGUGUACCGGCCGUGGAAGGCUGACGAGUUCCUGCAGGCAACUUUCAGCAAUUAUGUUCAUAACAACGAUUCCCCUGCUCAGAUCAUCCGGUGGAGCCCUAUCUUCACUUCCCGCUUCCAGGCGAACGUGAAGCACAUGCGGGGGAACCCUACGAUAUCUAACCAGAUUAAGGACAUCAGUGCGGCAAAGCACCGUUUUGAAACACAUAGUAAGCCCCUGGCGCGGGUGUGCAUUUAUUACGACGCUUUCAUGUUGACUUGUCAGCAGGUCUACGACGAGAGGAAAAAAGGAACUAAGGAAGGUGGUGCUUGCCUCAAGUUUCUGGAUUACGUCGACGAGGAGAAUUCGCUGCAGCUGGCCAUGAUGUCGGACGCCUCCGACGAAAGCCUCCUCUUAACGAGAUUUCUGGACAAUGAGCAGUUCGACAAGUCCAAACUAGGUCGGUAUCUUUCGGACUUCUUGUCUCGCGUGGAUUGGCUGUUCUCUGAUAAAGGGUGCUUGAAGACUGGUUACACUGGGCACAUCCUGAAAGUCUUAAGCCGGCAACGCACGUUCAUCCUGGAGGGCAGGGAUCAGCUUGAUCGACUCGCCAACGCAUUGAAACUGGACGUGGCGAAGCUGAAAGGCCAAUUCAACGACCACCAUCCUCUCGCCGAGAGGGCGCACAACCAGAAGGGCAUUUCUGUGCUAGCUUCUUGGAGGGAAGCCAUUCUGAGGACACAACGGGCGGCCAGACUAGCAUCAGAGCAUCCUGAAUCCGAGCUCAUGGAAGUGUUAAUCCGCUUUGGCGCGUGGGGCGGCUCCACUUCUGGGGUCGAGAGGCUGUUCUCGACUGGUCAGCUGGUGUGUGGAAUCUUUCGGACGGACCUCAGCGAGCAACUCCAGAAUGACGAGCUCCAGCUGAUGUGCGACAAAGGUAGCAAUGACCAGGCUUCGGACGACAAGCUCAUCAAGAGUGCCCAGCUCAUAUGGGCGCGCAUCUACGGGGCGACACGCACUGCUGAUGGAGAACGUCUUGAUGCUGGGAUCAAGCGGGAGAGACCUGUCGACCCCGGCGGCAAGCCUUCCCUUUCCGACUGGGUCAAGCGCAGGCGCGUAGAUGUGCACCAGCAGGCGCACCAGAAAGAGGCAGACUUCCAGCAGACGAAACGGACAAUGCGGCUGUUGGAACAGGCGGACUCGGGCCAGCUACUGAAAAAAGAGAUGACCACCAUAAUCAAGAACGCACUGCCAUACUUCCGACAACUGGAGGCCGCCAGAGAGAAAGACUACCUCGCGAAGAAAGUUGCUGCGCGCAAGGCUCUCGCAGAGGGGGCGCCUCCUGCCCUUCACAAUAAAAAAGUGUACGUUGAGAAGCCUGAUGACAUCCCCAAUACUGUGAACGUGGCUCGCCAUAUUCGCGCGGCUGGCAUGACGAGGACCAUGAACCGCAUAGAGGCUGAUCUGUUCAUCGUGAACGGCGUGCAGAACAUCGGUCAACGAGCUCGCUGGUGCGCUGUGCUGGGUGGAUGCACAGUCGCUGGCAUCGAGUUCCUGACAACUGCCGGCGUCUCGGGCCCAGCAACGACUUACAAGCCAGGCCUGGGCCCUAAGAGACUUGCGUGGUGCUCUCCAGAGUUCAAGAGGCUCCACCCUGAGCUGUACACCAUCUUCGUGGCUAAGUGCGGGCAGGCCGGCAGCAAGGUGACCUUGACCGACUCCCGCGCCCACGCCAUCAACAGGGCGAGGGUGCUCAAGGGGACCCAGGUGGUGAUGCUCGUGUCGGCCGCCGAGCUGGAC